CCACGCCCCAGUGCGCUGGCUGUGGGAUAGUGGCACUAUAAAGUAUAUCCUCUCUCUCUCUCUCGGAGGAAAGAUAAGAAGCAGCCCGAGACACAAGGAGGGGGAUGAAGAUGGCGGACGCCAAGCAGAAGAGGAAUGAGCAGUUGAAGCGCUGGCUGGGCUCGGAGACGGACCAGGAGCCUCCGGUCCUGAAGAAGAAGAAGACGAAGGUGAAGUUCGAUGAUGGCGCCGUGUUUCUGGCCGCCUGCUCCAGCGGCGACACCGAGGAGGUGCUGCGAAUGCUGGACCGGGGCGCCGACAUCAACUACGCCAACGUAGACGGUCUCACCGCCCUCCACCAGGCAUGCAUAGAUGACAAUGUUGACAUGGUGACUUUCCUGGUGGAGCACGGAGCUGGCAUCAACCAGCCUGACAAUGAGGGCUGGAUCCCCCUCCACGCUGCAGCCUCCUGUGGAUACCUGGACAUAGCAGAGUAUCUUAUCAGCCAGGGUGCCAAUGUAGGAGUUGUGAACAGCGAAGGUGAAACGCCGCUGGACAUCGCUGAAGAGGAGGCGAUGGAGGAGCUCCUGCAGAAUGAGAUCAACAGAACAGGGGUGGACAUCGAGGCAGCCCGGAAAGAGGAGGAACGGGUCAUGCUGAGGGACGCCCGGCAGUGGCUCAACAGCGGCCAGAUCCAAGACAGCCGGCACACCAAGUCUGGAGGAACGGCGCUCCAUGUAGCCGCUGCGAAAGGAUACGUCGAGGUUUUAAAGCUUUUAAUCCAAACAGGGUAUGAUGUAAAUAUUAAGGACUUUGAUGGCUGGACUCCCCUACAUGCAUCAGCACACUGGGGCAAAGAGGAGGCCUGUAGGAUACUGGUGGAGAAUCUAUGUGACAUGGACCUCAUUAAUAAAAUGGGCCAGACAGCUUUUGAUGUAGCUGACGAAGAUGUUCUGGGAUACUUAGAAGAACUACAAAAGAAACAAAAUCUGCUGAUAGGUGACAAAGACGUUAAGAAAUCUCCUUUGAUUGAAACGACGACCACUGGGGACAACAACCAAUCACUGAAACCACUCAAGAGCAAAGAAACGCUGCUUCUAGAGCCAGAAAAGGUCGCCCCACGCAUCGAGACCUUAGAACCGGAGAAGGUGGAUGAAGGAGAGGAGGGGAAGAAGGACGAAUCAAGCUGCUCCAGUGAGGAAGAAGACGACGAAGAUUCAGAGUCGGAGACUGAAGCAGACAAGACCAAGCCUUCGGCAUCGGUGAGCAACAGCACAACGCCCGCCCCGACCAGCAUCAGCGUGUCACCUCCAACUAGCCCAACCAACCAGGUGACAACCCCCACUUCACCGGUAAAGAAGGCCAUUCAGCCUGCCGCAAAGGUCUCGACUAAAGUGGAGGAGGACAGGAAGGACGAGUCUCCGUCAUCGUGGCGGCUGGGGUUGAGGAAGACGGGCAGCUACGGGGCGCUAGCGGAGAUCACGGCCACCAAGGAGGCUCUGCGGGAGAAGGACACGACCGGGGUGAUGCGCUCAGCCUCGAGCCCUCGCCUCUCCUCCUCUCUGGAAAACAAAGACAAAGAGAAGGAAAAGGAUAAAGGAACUCGGCUCGCCUACGUAGCCCCCACCAUCCCCAGGAGGCUCGCCAGUACUUCAGACAUUGACGAGAAGGAAAACAGGGAUUCUACUGCUCUGAUACGUAGCGGCUCAUACACCCGGCGACGCUGGGACGACGACCUGAAGAACAGCGAAGGAAGCGCCUCCACCAACCGAACCCCCAGCUACCAGCGCAGCACGUCCCACACGCUAGCACUAGGGCGGAGCGGCAGCACGCGGGACGUGCCAGCCAAGUCUUCGUCCACCUCCAGCUUGGACCCUAACACCUGUAAUACUAAACCCUGGCAGCCACCCACCUCCCACUACCAGUCUUACAGCAUUUACCGCAGCGGCUCUUUUGGCAGAAGACACGAGGACCUGGGUUCCUCGACCACCUCCUCCUCCCCCACGACCACCACCACCUCCUCAUCUGUUACCUCGCCCACAGGCCACCGCGGCCUGCUCUCCAGCCUGGGCUCCUCCUCCACCCGCACUGGCUCCACCAGUCUCACCAGCAGGUACUGGUCAGAGGAGAGUGCAGAGAGGGAAAAGGACAAGGAGAAGGAGUCUGCUGCGGUCAUCCCAACUAUGAACACUGGCUCUACUACGACCACCACAUCUACCACUACCACCCCCGCCAUAUCUACCACUACCACCACUGGCAUCGUCACUGGCAUUGUCACUGGCAUUGUCACUGGCUCUGAACGACGCAGGUCAUACCUGACGCCAGUCCGAGACGAGGAGUCAGAAUCCCAGAGGAAAGCUCGCUCCAGACAGGCUCGACAGUCGAGGAGGUCCACCCAGGGUGUGACGCUGACUGACCUGCAAGAGGCUGAGAAAACAAUCGUCAGGAGUCGUCCCCCAAAGACCCGCGAGGAGGAGAAGGAGGAGAAAGAGAAGCAGGACAAGGAGAAGCAGCAGGAGGAGAAGAAGGAGUUGGAGACCAAGGAAGACGAUUACCGGUCGAAGUACCGCAGCUUCGAAGAGCGCUACCGGCCUUCGUCUUCCUCCUCUACCUCCGCCAUUUCCACAGUCAGCACAUCCUCCACCCCGUACUCCAGCACCACAUUGUCCUCCAGUUCCAGCUCCCUCAACAGGCCCAACAGUCUGACGGGGAUCACCUCCUCCUAUAGCCGUUCCUCCAGAGACACGGAAAAAGAAAUGGACAAAAAGGAGGAGGAGAAGGAGGGAGAGGACAAGUCUCAGCCCCGCUCCAUACGGGAUCGCAGGCGGCCCCGCGAGAAGAGACGCUCCACCGGCGUCUCCUUCUGGACCCAAGAUGGUGAUGAAAAUGACCCUGACCAGCAGUCUGACUCGGAGGAGGGCAGCACCAAGGGAGAGCCACAGAGUGACAGAUUGUCCAGGAACGAGAGCAGCACUUCAUCCUUAGACCGCAAUGACACUCUUUAUAGCCGUGGCUAUGGUGAGAGUCGGAGGACAUACUCGAGCCGACUGGAUAGAGACGACACCACUGACUAUAAGAAGCUCUACGAGCAGAUCCUAGCCGAGAACGAGAAGUUGAAGGCCCAGUUACGUGACACGGACCUGGAGCUGGCAGACUUGAAGCUACAACUAGAGAAGGCCACACAGAGGCAGGAACGCUAUGCCGACCGAUCACAGCUUGAGAUGGAGAAAAGGGAAAGAAGAGCUCUAGAAAGGAAGAUAUCUGAGAUGGAGGAGGAACUUAAGACGCUCCCAGACUUGAAAGCAGACAACCAGAGACUAAAGGACGAGAACGGAGCGCUCAUUCGAGUCAUUAGCAAGCUUUCCAAGUAGAACAGACCCCCCCGCCCGCCCUCCUGCACCCCCUAGUCCCCCAUGGCAGUGACUAAUGGAAUUGCACAUUUAGAUAUUAAUUGCAACAGACAUCAGAGACUCCUUUUUUUUUUUUUCUUUAUCUCCUCCCAGCUCUUUAUCUCUCCCUUUUUUUUGCUCCACCACCAUCACAACCAUCACUGCAGCAUCCAUCCAUCCAUCCACCUCCUCCACUACUAUGUGUGGCUGCUGCUGUCCUGAUAGAGUUUACAGAGCAACAGGAGAAAGGGUUGUGUGAUCAGCAUGUAAAAGCAUUGUGGGGCGGGGAAAGCCUGAAAACUAUUUAACCAAUAAGCCUUAGUUGUACAUAAAGAGAAAAAGAAAAAAGCAGCGAUCUCUUCUCUCUCUCUCUUCUCUUCUCUCUCGGCUAUCACUGAAGAAUUAUCCAACACCUGAUUUUAUUUGUGCCACAAUCUCUCUGAUUAUUUUUGUUCCCUCUCCCCUGUGUUCGUGUUGUGUGCCGUGCUCCCCUCUUUAACCCCCUUUAAAGUGCCACUUUUGCCCUCACAUCAGCUACUCGUGGCACCUAAUUUUUCACCAAUGCACACACUCGCCCCCCUAUUUUUUUUGUUACCUCUGUGUGUCUUCCUCCAAGAGGGAAAUUUUUUUGAAAAAUCUCGCUUUAGCGAAACGAGGCGGACCUGGUGGAAUUUAAGCUUUCACUGUAUGUGCAAUAUGCAUUUCUUUUUUUUUUUUUUUUAAUGCUUUAAUGAUGAGUCCAUCACAUGUAGGAUUUUCACUCUUCCACCGCUUCCAUCGCUCACCUUCCUCCUCCUCUAUUUUUUUUUUUUUUUUUUUUAAGUUUGUAGUGUAGUCAGUUUAUACUCUGUAUUUCUCACUUUGUUUUAGCAGGUACUGAGUGAUGCUGUAUAUACCUGUAUGUAUUUGUUUGAGACCAGCACAUGGCAUGCGUUUAUGGUUCCCGUCUGUUACUAUUAAAAGUAUACAAAUUCCAGAGGACAAAAAGGUGUGUUUUAAUUAUUUUAUUUUUCUUUUAUAGUCAUUGGAUACAGUACAGUAGAGCCUCUCUCUUAACGCGGGACGGCUGGCAGUGCUUUUUUCUUUUCCAGUUUAAAAAUAAGUGUUCACAUAAUUGUGAGAUAAAAAAAAAAAGAGAAAUAAUCGCUUCACUACAUUUCACUUUCAUUGUAUUCAGUAUCUUGGAAGAGUGCUAUUAAUUUUGUUUCCAAUUUUUUUUUUUUUUAAAGCUGUAGUAUUAUAGCCAAGGUGUUGUCACUAAAAAAAGAAUAUCUUAGGUAUCGCUAACCCAGUCCUUUUUACAAAUGUCUACAUGCACUGUCAAUGCCAUGUGAGGAGUCUUUAUGUCAGGUUAAAGCAAAUCGCCACCAUCAAAUAUUCCAUGCAUCUGAAAACAUUUUAUGCAUUUCAGUGGCCUUUUAAGGAUAUUUUAAUAAAAGAAGUUAAAGCCGAUGGACUGAUGACCAUCUACUCUGGUUUAGACUUUUUUUUUUUCUUUUAUUAUUUUUUUUUUUUCCCGUCAUCUUGUAAAAUAGGUGUGUGGCUUAAUACAUGCAAGCUGUGCUGUGACUACCAACCACUGAAGAGUUCAUUAAAAAUAAACUUGUACAUUGUAAAGUU